CGUCUUCUAAUUGCCCCGCUUCGUCUGGGUACGCCCCUUCUUCCUCCGCGUACCCCUCCCCCUCUGCGUGCAUCUCGUCCGCGUCAGCGCGCUCCUCCCCCUCCUCUGUUCCGCCCUCAGCGCCGUCGUCAGCUGCACCCUUCCCUUUCCCCUGCUUCGCCUUCCCCCGUCCUCCAAACCUCGUCUUUUCUUCACCUUCCCGCUCCACUCCCUCCUCCCUGUCCCCUUGAUCCUCUUCCCCGUACAUAUCCUCCCCUUCCCCAUGCACGUCCUCCCCUUCCCCAUACAUGUCCUCCCCUCCCCCGUGACCCUCUUCCCCAGACAUAUCCUCACCCUCGCCCUGUAAGUCUCCUUCAACUUCGGCACCCUCCGCCCCCUUCGCCCCCUCCGCAUAAGCCUCACCGCCACCUUCCGCGCCCAACCCUUCUUCCUCGUAAUCCCCCCCUACAUCCGCGUGCUCGCCCCCACCUUCCGCGUAUUCUCCCCCCUCUUCUGCGUAUUCCCCCCCUUCUUCCGCGUAUUCUCCCCCUUCUUCCGUAGGUUCUCCCCCCUCUUCCGCAAGCUGUGCGCCUUCCUCUCCAUACUCCCCUUCCUCCCCAUACUCCCCUUCCUCCCCAUAUUCCCCCUCUUCCCCAUACUCCCCCUCCUCCCCAUAACCUUCCUCACCAUACUCCCCUUCCCCGUACUCCUCCCCUUCCGCGUACUCUUCGCCUUCCACGUACUCUCCCCCCUCCACGUGCUCCUCCCCUUCCGCAUACUCUCCGCCUUCCGCGUGCUCCUCCCCUUCUUCCCCGUACCAUUCCCCUUCCCCCUCACCCUCAACAUACCCUUCCUCUCCCUCAUAAUGCUCUCCCUCUCCAACCGCUUUCUCUCCGCCCUCGCCCCCCUCUUCCUCGUAAUAUUCCCCGUCUUCCCCGUAGUAUUCGCCUUCGCCCUCCCAGUCCCCUUCCUCCCCCUCGUACUCCCCCUCCCCUUCGCC